GUAUUUACUGUCGUCCAGCUGUUAUCCUGAUUUUGGUGCAGCAACGAAGCCAUAUUGAAGGAGGACAAAAGGACAUGCCACGAUUUUGGAACUUGCUCUCGAAGCACAAUGAUAGACAUCCAAGAUGGAGACAUGGAUGAGAUGGAGGCAGAAGCAUUCAAGGAGAUGUUGGAAGAGAUGGAAGGUGCAGGCGAUCUGGAGUCCCUAGCUGUACCCGCAGAGCAGUACGAGGUGCUGUUGAGGAGGCUGCACAAGGACGAGGAGCUCAUCCGACAAUUGAAGCACAUCGUCAAGGCCCAGCACGGGAAGAUCGAAGAGUUUCGAGGGAUGCUGGAAGCAACGAGCGUGGCGCGGAGCCCUUUGAUCUCGUCCUACGAAGCGGCGGAUUUCAAGAAGGCCUUGGAACAGAAUCAAGAGCUGCAUCAGAAGAUUGGGCAUCUACAGGUGGAGCUGGGGAAGCUGAAGGCAGAGAACAGCUCGCUGAAGAAGGUGAACCGGCGGAUGAAGGGUUUGCUGCACCAGGACCCACAGUACUCGGUGCCGCAAGUCACCAGUACAGCGCUGGCCACCUGUCCGCCGGCGCUGCCCGAGGUGCCUGCGCUGGCGUCCACCGCGCCGGUGGGCGCAGGCUUUGCUUUUGCGAGCCCUCGCAGUGUGUACGCGGGACGGCACGAGAUGCUGGGAAGGAUGCCCUUGACUCCACUCACCUGCAGAGGGCGCUUCAACGACUCCGAGGGCUUCGAAGAACGGAGCCGCUCCUCGUCGCGGAGCCCCGCGCGCAGGCACGAGGAGGAGGUCAAGGGGCCGCGCCAUCCACGGCCUCCGCCCUUUUCACGGGUGUCGCAGCUCACGAGCUCGGUGAAUCUGCUUUGGCGCGACUUUGAGUCAGCCUUGAGCUGCCUUCGAGCCAUGGCCGAUGUGGCCGCGCGGCUCUUGGCCGAUCGCCGGACCUCCAACAUCACGGUCUACAUCGUGGAUCCUUGGCUACGAAAAGCUGUGACCAUUGGGCACUCCAAGACGGAGCAGCUCACCAUUUUCUACCUGGGCCAAGGGAAGACGGAAUUGCAGGCCUUAGUUCGCUUGGAGGAGAGCAAGGUGUGUCCACCGGUCUUUACGGACUUGCAGGCACUACCAUUCCGGUCCAAGACUUGCUCGGCCAUGCCUGUGCUCACUCCCAACCGCACCCGAAUCUGGGCGGUCUUGCAAGUGACGUUGGAGGACUCAAAGAUAGCUGAAUCAGAGGCCAACUUUGUUCCCCGCAUUCUACAGGACGCCGGCGUUUCACAGGACAUCAAUCGCCUCAGUCAAUGCUUCACCGAUUCGCACAUCAACUACUUGCAGCUGUUGUGCGCCUUUAUCGGUGGAGUGCUUUUGCACAUCGAACGGCUGGACAAUCGAGCCAAGAUCGUGGACCGCACCCGAGCAAUUAUGGAAGGUGCCAUUGACGUGAACAAGGUCGGUCUGGUUCGUCGUUGGCAGUCUACAUAUGUCUAAGGGUGCCCUCAAUCAAGUCCGGUCGUGUCAAGAAACGGGUGGCUUGGUUUUGAAUGUGCAAUGUUUAGGAUUGGAAUUGCAAUUUUGGAUAUUCUAAGUAUCUCUGUUGCGUACUGUGAGCCCGCCUUGCAUGUUGAAGACUUCUGCUAAUCCUAACAAAACGCCACAGUCAGUGAGUGCCCGAAGCAUUUCGAGCGCAGUAAGCAGCUAUAAGCAGCCACCCAGCAAGGGACCUCGGAUGCUUUCCAUGAGGAUGGCAACCAGUGUGUUGUCUGCAGUGGUCCUACUUGGACUUAGCCAUGUUGCGGAAGCAGUGACAUGUGGCGACUUGAAGACCUUCUACAAGGGCCAGCAGUGCUGUGGAUCAUCCAGCAAAGAGUUGACUGUCACCGUGCCCGGCUGUCCUUACAACUUCAACCCACCAGCUUGCAACAUGGCAGAGCCCCAGACGCCUCGAGAUUUGAGCACUGGAGCACAAGGUCAGAUGACACCCAAAGCAGCGACGCUCACUGAUGCGCAAGCCAAUUUCCUACCGUUGGUGAACGUGCACUUCCACUAUGGCGCUGAGCACAAGAGUGAUAGCUACCAGAACGGAACAGACUCAGAAGCUUAUGAUGCAUCUUCGGGUCGUCGUCUUGCCAGCAAUCCUCGCCCUGGCUGGAUGUGUGCAACCGACACUUUGUCAUCUUCCCAGAUGACUCCCUACACUUUCCAGUACUGCAAGGGUGAUGUGCAGGUUGGCAAGUCAUAUGAGGUCCACUAUGUGCACUCUUCUGCUGGUGUGGACUCGGAUAUGACUGAUGGCAUCAAUGCUGACGAUUUGGCAGAUGGCUUGGGAGGUGCUGCCAAUGGCCGUGGCAUUCUGAACCCCAUGGUAGUGGUGCAGGGCCAGGUCUAUCAGAUUGUGUCGGGUGGCCCUACUGUUGAUGACUUGCUGCACGGGUGGACCGUCGUGGGUCAUGAGAACUCGGUGAUGUAUCCUGGUUCAACCACAGGGCAGUCCUGGGACAAUUCCGUGUGCUCUCCUUAUGCCAUUACCUGGCAUGUUGACAAGGAGUGUCAUCAGGUCUCGCCCGAGUCCUUUGACAAUCUCUGCAAAGUGAUGAAAGAGACCUACAACAUGGAGGCUGACUUGUAUCCUCACGGUUCCCGCAAGCUUGUGGAUUCCAAGUUUGUGGUGAAAGCAGAGUAUGUGAAGCCCUUAGCUUAAGACCUGGCAUGGAGUGCAGGUCUGAAGCAUCCAGUAUAGCUGAUUUUUUAGCCUGAAUUCUGUUUUUGCGCUAGUUUUCACAGAGUUCAUGGGCCCUGCGUUCCCUUUUUCGACUUUCUAAAGGCCUUAGAGUUUCUAAGUGCUGCCGGCCUAGUCAGGUCGGAGUUGGCAUACAUCUCUUUUCCGACAAACUGUUUUCUAAAUAGCUUUACUCGACAAGGCGCGGCUAAGCCGCAACUUCGCAAGGGGAGAGUUGUACUCUCUAUGCACUCUCUGCUUGCUGUCGAUAGGUGAUGAUAGUAUGAGCAUGGUUGGAGUACACAAAUGCAC